AUGCAAGUAAGAGCCGACGCUGCUGCCUCUCAGACCAAUGAAAUAUUGGAAGCACUCGUUCAAGAACAACUUCUUGGAUUUGCAGGGCCUAUGACACCACCGCUACUAGUUCCGGCGAUGAAAACGCACUUAUUUAAAUGCAAAUAUGGUGAUCCUCUCUCCAAACGUAUCAAGCUUAAAAAGCUUGAAGUGUGUAUGCUGGUCAUGGAAGAGCUCCAGAAGACAUAUACUGUCGCUUCGGUAUAUCGUGCCAUUUUUAUAAAGGCUAUCCAACAGGUUUUCCCGGAUUACUCAGCCCCCGUGGCAUUGUAUAGUUCUGCAAUCAAUGGUGCCGCCGUUUCCGAUACUCAAAAUCUUGCUGAAAAUCGGCUUGCAGGGGAGGAAGUGCCGGAUCAUUAUGCCCCGCUCAGUGAUGCCGAAAUUGAUGUUCUAGAUGAGAGUUAUUUUAUGCAGAACUUGAUAGACGAGGCUUCGGAUUUCAGUUUUUGGGAGACAUGGAAUCAAGCUUGA